CUAUAAGUAGCACCAAAAUCAAAGCCCCUCCUCCCAUCACUCAAACAGAGAGAACAGAACAUGGCAUCCAUUUCGGCGAUCUCCGAAGCUGAUCGACUGGCGCAGUUCAGGGCCUUCGACGCAACGAAAGCCGGUGUAAAAGGACUGGUGGAUGCGGGAGUCACCGAAAUCCCUCCCAUAUUCCACACGCCGCCUGAAAUCGUACUGGACAGCAAAUCAAGUGGUGACAAGAAGUUCACCUUCCCCAUCAUUGACCUACAAGGCGCGGCCACAGAUCCUGCCAAGCGGAAGGAGGUCGUCGAGAAAGUUCGAGAUGCUUCCGCCACCUGGGGGUUCUUCCAGGUCCUCAACCAUGGAGUUCCGCUCAACGUGCUGGAGGAGAUGAGAGCCGGAGUGAAGAGGUUCCACGAGCAGGAUCUCGAGGAGAAGAUGAAGUUCUAUACACAUGACCUCACUAGAAAGAUUGCUUACAGCAGCAACUAUGACUUGUACACCCGGCAGUUCGCUAAUUGGAGAGACAGCGCCCUCUUCUACAUGGCUCCAGAUCCUCCCAGCCUCGAACAACUCCCUGCUGCUAUUAGGGAAAUCAUAGAAGUUUAUUCCAAGGAGAUGCUUAAGAUUGGAUACCUAUUGUUUGAGCUUCUCUCGGAGGCUCUAGGACUUGACACUAACUGCCUAAGGAAUAAGGAUUGCUUGAUCGGACAUUACUUGGCGUGUCAUUAUUAUCCACCGUGUCCUCAGCCUGAUCGUACUUUGGGGAAUAGCAAGCACACAGACUCCAAUUUCAUGACCAUUCUCCUGCAAGACCACGUUGGAGGCCUUCAGGUCCUCCAUCAGGGUCAGUGGGUUGACGUCACUCCUCUGCCGGGAUCCCUCGUAAUCAACAUCGGAGAUUUGCUUCAGCUCAUGUCGAAUGGUAAGUUCAAGAGCGUGAAGCAUAGGGUGCUGGCGAAUCAUAGCGAUGGACCAAGGAUAUCGACGGCGUGCUUUUUUAGCACCGGUCUUUUGCCAAACCCAACAAAGUAUGAACCCGUUGUGGAGCUGCUAUCUGAAGACAAUCCUCCCAAAUACAGAGGGACCACAAUCUCAGAGUACUUGAUGGCUGUGGCUACCAGCAAUGAAAUCGAUGGGGAGUCUCUUCUUCUUCAGCAGUUCAAGCUCUAAGUUUGGAGACAAUUUGGCUGGAGAUUGAUGUGAGAAAAAAGUUCAGUAUGUACAACUUGAAAUUAUAAGAAAAUAAUAUGGGGGAUCGAAUGAUGACAAUGUGACCGAGCUGCAGCUGAAAUUUGUACCUCGUCUGUUACAGAAUGAAGUUUAAUAUAUAAAUAAUUUGAGUUGAAUAAAUAAAUAACUUUGCAUCCAAUGGAUCGGAUUAUAUACUAAUUAAUUAAUCUUGAUGCUUGAAUUAUUUUGAACUUAUGUAGGUGUGUUAUGUUAUUGGGGCCAUUUUGAAGAAUUAUUUAUUGUCUCUUGUGUAUUAUUAGUAAGCAAUAUAUAGUUCAUUGAAUAAUUUCUUAACACGUGUAUUAUUUAAAAAUCUUGUAUCACAAAAUUAACCAAUUGUUUUUCUCGUUUAUUUUAUGUUUAAAGGAAUUUAAUUGUUAAAUUAAUUAAAUAUUUAUAUUUAUUUCCACUUUAAAUUAUAAAUUUAAUAUAUUCUCUAACCGAUUACGAAUUUUAAAAGUGGUAGGAUUAUGUCUUUUUUUUUUUUUUUAAGAAAGUGGAUAUUGCUUUCAUUAACAUUUUCUAAAGCCAAGAAAAGUGAGUCUGCUUACACAAGUGGGUAUUGCUCUCAAAUUGAGUAAUCAUGGUGACUACCCAAAUGAUACAGAUUAUAUUAAGCGUACUUUUGGAAAUAAAAAAAAAUACCAGACCUGAUUUCUAUUCCUUAAAACAUAAUCUCUCGUCACCCAUCCCUCUCAGACGUCUCCCUCCCUCUCUUCACUACAAGUAAUAUUCCAUUCGAUGACCACAAAAAAUGAUUGCGAAAACAAGAAAAGUGGUCGUCGAAUCAUUUUGCGACCAUAUUUUCGGUCGCCAGAGUGGUCGUAUAUACACCGUCGUCUUAGGUUAAUGCUACGACUAAAAAGAAUGGUAGCUGAAAAUAUUCCAUUGGCGACCAGAAUAGUGGUUUCCGAAUGUAAACCAUAUUGCGACCAUUGCCGUUUUGGUCGCCUCAGAGCAUGUUUCGGCGAUCAAUAUAAAUGGUCCAACGAUUAGCACCAGCCCUCCACUAUCUCCGGCGAGCUCUCCUCUCCUCUCCUCCCGUCACCCACCGGCCGUCCCUCUCCCUCUUUCCCACCACUGCCGACCCUCCUCUCUCUCUCUACCUAACCACCCUCCCCUGCCCACCACACCGCCCGCGAUCCCCUCCCUCCUCCCUUGCCCACUCUCCUUCCUCCUCCACUCUCUCUCUCUCUCAUUCUUUGUAUCCCCUCAAAUGCCAACAGAGACAAUGCAUGCACGCAGGGCUAACUCCGACGAUGGUUUGGGGCAUUGCUUCUGUACAUAUUUGGUUUUUGUUUUGGUAUUGAUUUGGUUUUAUUUUGGUAGUUGUUAGUGUCUUAACGAUUUGGUAUUUACUAAAUCUCUUCUACAGAAAACAUAAAAACAUAUAUCUAGGUUUUUUAGUUUCGGCAUUGGUUUGAUUUUAAUGUGGUAUUAGUUGAUUUUUUAUUUAUUUGGUACUAGUUCAAUUUUAUUAUGGUAUUGGUUUGGUUUGAGUGUAUUCGUAUUGGUACUUGUUUGAUACUUUUUUGGUAGCGGUAUUGGCUUGAGUGUAAUCGUAUUGGUAGUGGUUAUCAAAUACGUUUUUCAUAAUGUACUGAUUGUAUAGGCUGUUUGUAAGUCUGAUUUGUAUACUUGUUAAUUUUUCAUAAUAGCUGCGACAGUCCAUCCGUUAGUUAUUCAUCUUAUUUUUCUCUAUGAAGACGAUCUAAAUCGUGAUUAGAAGCGAUAUAGCACCAUGUUUUGGGCAGGCAGCAUCAAAGAAUGCUUCAGGAUGUAUAUGAUCCGUCUACAUAGGCAUUUUGUCUUCAUCUCUUUCUUUGACACUCCUGGACGUGCAUGAGACGCAAAAAAUUUGAUGCAUGUAC